ACAAAGCUUUUCUCUUCAUUUGCAGCCAUUUCAGUAGAGAAGAGGGGAGGAGGAGGAGAACAAAGAGCGGCGAGAGAAAAUGCCAGCCGGACACGGAGUACGCGCCCGAACAAGGGAUCUGUUCGCAAGGCCUUUCAGGAGGCAUGGCUAUGCGCCCCUGGGCACGUAUCUGAGGACAUACAAGAUAGGGCAGUACGUGGACAUCAAGGUUAAUGGCAGCAUCCACAAGGGUAUGCCCCACAAGUUCUACCAUGGCCGCACUGGCAUCGUAUGGAACAUCACCAAAAGAGCUAUUGGUGUCGAAAUGAACAAACAGGUUGGUAACAGGAUUAUAAAGAAGAGAAUUCAUGUACGAAUUGAGCAUGUCCAACCAUCCCGCUGCCAAGAAGAUUUUAAGUUGAGGAUACAGAAAAAUGAUGAAUUGAAGGUAGAGGCAAAGAAACUUGGAAAGAUUAUCAGCACCAAGAGACAACCUGAGGGACCUAAACCAGGAUUCAUUGUUGAGUGUGCUACUUUGGAGACUGUCACACCCAUUCCAUAUGAUGUUGUUAAUGACUUGAAGGGUGGAUACUGAGUUUGUAAAAGGAUGAUUAUUUUUAUAGGCCAGAUGAAUUUUUGCAGGUCAUAUGUGAAAUUUUUAUGGAGGAAUUCAGUUUUUUUUUAAUGUGUUUUGUUUACCAUGUUUUGACAAAAACAAAUGAGAUAUUUAUAUUCAAUAGGGAAGUGCAAGGUGCCGGAAGAACAUGAUUUGCUCUGCCAUAUUGACACAUUAUUAUGAAACAUUUGUGUUUUCAACUAGAGAUAACAACCUCGUCUAUUGCAAUCA